AUGGCGAGCAACAAAGCCCCGAAUAUCAUUUUCAUCAUGGCCGACGACCAUGCUGCCAAGUCUAUUUCUGCAUAUGGGCACGGCAUCAACUCAACGCCACAUAUAGACCGGUUAGCCAAAGAGGGGAUGCUCUUCAAUCACUGCUAUGUGACCAACUCUUUGUGCACUCCCUCACGAGCCGCAAUUCUCACCGGAACUCACAACCACGUGAAUAAUGUCAUGACGCUCAACUCGAUGAUCAACAACCGCAUACCCAACGUGGCCAAGCACCUCCGCGGCCACGGCAAUUACCAGACUGCGAUGUUCGGUAAAUGGCACCUGGGUGAGGGUCCUGGCCACGAGCCUACAGGUUUCGACCAGUUCAGCGUGCUUCCUAAUCAGGGAGAGUACUGGGACCCUCAUUUCAUUAAUAAAGGCGAGCCGGGCAUGAAGCGUGUUUUUGGCUACGCGACAGAUAUCAUCACGGACAAGACCAUUGAAUUUAUGAAGCACAGAGAUAAGAGUCGCCCAUUCUUCGUCAUGACGCAUCAUAAAGCCCCCCACCGCUCAUGGGAAUUUCAUCCUAAGCAUAAAGAUCUCUACAAAGACAAGAUUCAAAUUCCAGACACUUUUACCGACGACUAUAAAAAUCGCGCCAAGGCUGCAGCGAAUGUGAAAAUGCGAGUCGCCGAUGACUUGACUUAUUUUGACCUUGGCCUCGUUCAGCCACAGGGGGGCCGCGAAGCCGUUGGCGCAAAGCUGUUUGACACUGUAUGGAACUUCCCCCAUCGCAAGGUACCACAGCCAGAGGAUGUAUCCGAUAUCAUUCUCCGUGAUUCAGAAGACGGAACAGUGUUCACCUUCAAGACCCGCGAAGAGCUGGCCGAGUUCAAGUUCCAGCGCUAUAUGCAGCGAUAUCUGCGGACAAUCCAGUCCAUUGACGAUAACGUUGGACGCAUACUAGACUAUCUAGAGGAAGAAGGUGUUGCAGAGAACACUGUUGUGGUAUACACGUCCGAUCAAGGCUUCUUUUUGGGCGAGCACGGCUGGUGUGACAAGCGGUUCAUGUACGAAGAAAGCUUCCAGAUGCCACUCCUUAUACGUUAUCCGCGAGAAGUUAAAGCCGGAUCUGUUAACAACGAUAUCAUUUGCAAUGUUGACUUUGCCCCAACCUUCUGCGAUCUAGCAGGCUUGAUAGCGCCCUCGUAUAUGCAGGGCAAUUCGUUCCGAACAUUAUUACAGGGAACUACUCCCGAGGCGUGGCCCCAAGUAGCCUUCCAUCGAUACUGGAUGCACAACGACUCUGUACACUACGCAUACGCGCAUUAUGGAAUCCGAGACCAGCGCUAUAAGAUCAUCUACUGGUAUAAUGAGGAUUUAGGAAUCGAAGGCGCGAAUCCCGGAGGCACUGAACCUGAAUGGGAGAUGUUCGAUUGCCAAGAAGAUCCUUUAGAGCUACUUAAUGUUUAUGGCGAUCCGAACUACCAGGAUAUUGUCAAGAGAAUGACAGCCAUGUUAGAAACCAAAAUGAUGGAAAUCGGCGAUCUGCCACUCCAUCCUAGGUCUUGA